CAGAGGGUGGCAGCAGGCAGGCAGGCAGGGAGGGCGGGCGCGGGGCCGAGCAGCGGCAGCGGCUCCCGGGUUGGAGCGGCGUAGACAUGGUGCUGCUGACUAUGAUCGCGCGGGUGGCGGACGGGCUCCCCCUGGCCGCCUCCAUGCAGGAGGAUGAGCAGUCAGGUCGGGACCUGCAACAGUAUCAGAGCCAAGCUAAACAGCUUUUCCGGAAGUUGAAUGAACAGUCGCCUACCAGAUGCACCCUAGAAGCAGGAUCCAUGGCUUUCCACUACGUUAUUGAGAAAGGGGUGUGUUACCUGGUGUUGUGUGAGGCCACCUUCCCCAAGAAGCUGGCCUUUGCAUAUCUGGAGGAUUUGCAUUCCGAGUUUGAUGAACAGCAUGGAAAGAAGGUGCCGACGGUCUCCAGGCCUUAUUCCUUCAUUGAGUUCGACACUUACAUCCAGAAAACCAAAAAACUCUACAUUGACAGCCGGGCAAGAAGGAACUUAGGCUCCAUCAAUACAGAGUUACAGGAUGUGCAGAGAAUCAUGGUGGCCAACAUUGAAGAAGUCUUACAGCGAGGAGAGGCGCUCUCAGCUUUGGAUUCCAAGGCCAACAACUUGUCCAGUUUGUCCAAGAAGUACCGUCAAGAUGCAAAGUAUCUUAACAUGCGUUCCACCUAUGCCAAACUGGCAGCCGUAGCUGUGUUUUUUAUCAUGUUAAUAGUCUAUGUGAGGUUCUGGUGGCUGUGAGAUGUUGGCAGUCACUGGAGAGGGAGAGCCUGUAGCAUGGCAGGUGUAUGUGUGCAGCACACUUUGUUCACGGGGAUGUGCAUUAGAAUCCACACAGGACUGUCACCUUUAAGGGUGUGUCCUGAAAAUGAUACCUGAGUACUACACUGCUUAGUGAAUCUUAAUUAAUCAUAGGUAUAAAGUCUUCUUGGUGGACUAGAGGCUUUUCCUAUGAGGCACUAAACACUAGGGACUUGGUAGAGUGUGGCUUCCCAGUGUACUAAACUCAUUAACAGUGCUGUUUGAUGUGUCCUGGAGCAGUUAAUCAGUGAAGUUUAUCCUAAUCAGGCGGUACUGGCAAUAGUCACUUCUUCCUCCCUUUUAAAAAGUAGCUCUAGUGGGAAAUGGACUCUAAUGAACAUUCCUUGUGUCAGCAAUGUUUGCUUUUCUAGAAUCUGGGUCUGCAUUUGCUUUUUUAAAACAAGACUCCCUUGUUUGAAGACUGAUUCUGCACUGUACAUAUGUAAUGGCUUUCACCCUUGUCAAACUAGCUAUUGUUGGGUUUUCAUUGUCCGACAUCUUUGCUUGUUAAAUUUUCAAUUGCUUUAGGAAUAAAUGGAUAUUAAAUUAUGCCUUAAAAUUACAUUAUAUUUAGUCUUAGGAGAGACAGUGAAAGGCCACUAUCACUGACUCCUACAAAAUUAAACUACUAGUUUGUAAAUCUCA